UGUGACGUUGUGCUGUGGGCGGAGUUGCUGCUCAGCACAGCCCACAGACAUCGAGGCGAAUCUCAGCUGUCACCUUUGACAGUAUCAAAGAUGGCAGGAAAUAAGACUUACACGAUCGUGGCAUAUUUCGGAGGAGAUGACGGCUACCGCUGCGGUUAUUGUAAAAAUGAAACUGGGAACCAUUCAAAUGGGAUGUGGUCUCACUCCAUGACGGUACAAGACUAUCAAGACCUCAUAGACAGAGGAUGGAGGAGAAGUGGGAAGUACGUGUACAAGCCCACCCUGAACAAGACGUGUUGUCCACAGUAUACCAUCAGGUGUCAUGCACUGAAAUUCCAGCCUUCCAAAUCCCACAAGAAAGUGUUGAAGAAAAUGAACAAAUUCAUUUCCAAAGGGGAGUUACCCACAGGAGAGAACGAUGAGCCUAUGGACUCGGUGUGUGAUAAUGCAGGUCCAAGAGAACCGAGUAAAGCCAGUCAGGCAGAAAUGAAGUGUGCCACUGUCACAGACAUUGAGCAGGAAGUAGUGGAGUGUUCGUCCGUCACAGAUGUUCAGAAGGAGGAAACAGAUGCUACUGCUGCAGGGACUUCAGGGGAAGCUGAAGUGUCAGUCUCGGGUGGAAGAACGACAACCUCAGCUCCUAAACCAGGGAUGGGGGCCGAUCCUAGUCGACCACUGUGCCGCAAAGCCAAAGACUUGAGGAAGGAGCGACGUUUUCAGAAAGAGCAGAUGAGACAACAGACCAAUGAAGUUUCUUUCACUGUGUCUGCUGCCUCCUCUGCUCCCUGUCAGAACAGCCAACCAAAAACCUUGGAAGACUUCAUCAGUGAGUCACUGCCUGACAACACUUCUCAUUCCCUUGAGGUGAGGCUAGUGCGCUCCAGUCCCCCUAGCCCGCAGUUCAAAGCCUCUUUUGACGCCUCCUACCAGGUGUACAAACUCUACCAGAUGGCCAUUCACAAGGACCCUCCUGACAAAUCCACUGAGAACCAGUUCCGGAGAUUUCUCUGUGAUUCACCACUACAGGCAGAAUGUUCUCCAGACGGCCCUGAAAUGGGCUACGGCUCCUUCCAUCAGCAGUACUGGCUGGACAACCGCAUUGUGGCAGUGGGGGUUAUUGACAUCCUGCCUACCUGUGUGUCCUCUGUCUACCUGUACUACCACCCAGACUUUGCCUCACUGUCUCUAGGCUCCUAUUCAGCGCUCAGGGAGAUUUCUUUUACCCGGCAGCUGCAGAAACAGUCUCCUAAACUCUCCUACUACUACCUGGGCUUUUACAUUCACUCCUGUCCAAAGAUGCGCUAUAAGGGACAGUACCGACCUUCCGACCUCCUCUGCCCUGAGACCUACGUCUGGACACCGAUAGAGAGAUGCGUCCCGAUGCUGGAGAACUCGCGCUAUGUUCGAUUCAACCAGGAUCCUAAUGCAGGAGACGGUCAAGCGCUGAAGAACCUGGGCAAAUUGAUGGUGCUGUACAAAAGUGUCGUUAUGCCGUACGCCGUAUACGCACGCAAGCGCAAGGGGCCCAGUGAUGAGACUGAUGUGCGACAGUACGCCAGCUUGGUCGGCCAGGAGUGCGCUGAAAGGAUGCUGCUUUACCGCUCGUAAAAACAAACAGCUUUACACCACAUUAUCUCUCAUGUUUAGGAAGUGAGCUCAACCUAAGGCCAGUGUAACAUGUCUCGUCCGUUUGGCGUGUUAUUGUCCUCUGCCUUUGAAGAGUCAACAACAGCACAGUUCCCUGUAGAAAACGGCUGAAUUGAGCUCAGAUUGUUCCAGUGUCAUCAACAAACAACUGGGAUCUUAAAGGUCAAUGUCUAAAUGUUUUGUAACGACAUUUUAAAUAUACAAGCUGAAAUGAUGUUGACAGAAGCUUAGAAUCUUAAUCCUAUCUCUCUGUUAAAAAAACCUGGCUGUUGAUUUGAGUGGUGUAUGCAGGCUUUUGAUGAGGUGGUUUUAGAGAGGUGGUUCCCAAAGUGGGGGUUGGGCCCACAUCGUGGCAUGGUGCAAAAUGAUUGGGAAUUUUAAAUUCACUGUCUUGUAUUUUAUUUUUUGUUCAGUUGAGCGACGGUGGAGCUCCAGGAAGGGUUUGAGAACCACUACCCUGCUACGGCACGGUUGGAAGAGCUGCAGAACACUUGGCCACACAUGCGCACAAGCACGGUUAAGUACGUUUCCGUACAUACAGCAUGAUGAACCGCAGCCUAAUGCAGUCAAUAAGUCCAGACAUUGGUGAGGGCUGACUAUAAAGACCAACACAAACAACAGGACAGUCAUUCAGCCAUGAUGUUGGAUAUUCUCUUGGUGUCGCUGCUUUUACCACUGGGCUUCAGCUUGCUUGCCUUAGGGUUUAUUUGAGUGCGGGCCAGCAGGUGGUAGCAUCCAUGCUUCAGCUAACAGAUCAACUGGCCUUAGUGUGAAUGCACCCUUAAACACAGUUAGAGAUCAGCCAUACAUCUACAGAAAUUAGCUUAGCGUAGAUUGACAGGCUGCUUGUCCCAGAAAGAAAAUCUAAAGCUGGCUGUAGGCCACGAUUGAUUCACUGCCGCUCUACUACAUUAGACAUGCAUCCCUGUGCACACACUCAAACUCACACACACCUGGCACUGUCAUGACCAGUUAUUCUUGGUGCACCAACAUCUGCCAGUCCUGUGUUUGACACUUUUCUGGCAAAAAGAGAACUCCCUUUUUACCAUUUUGGCAGUUGAAUACAAGCCCGUUAUAUUUGAAACAGUCAGCUUCAGACGUUGUGCGUCUCAUUCAUAAAUCUUACAUAAAAAUAUGAUCUCUGCACUGACCAUGCACUGCUGCCGUAGCGUGUUCAGCCAAAGGUCAGCAUUUGAAGAAUAAAGGAGAGUGUGCAGAAACAGAGUCUACUGUAUGUUCAUGUUAGACCAGAGUCACAGAGGUGAUUUCACCAAGAGCUCUGUUUUAGAUUGAAACACUGCCAACUGGAAGGGAUUCUGUCACAGUGGGGAAAAAAAAUAAAGAGAAUUCCUGAAAGCUGAGAAAGAGGAGUAUGACCCUGUAUUAGGCGGAUCGCCGAGUAGGCCUAUCUGGCACUGGCCCAGGGCCCCGAGCCAGAGGCUGUGUGUAAAGUGAUUGUUAACACAAUGUCAUAAAGUCAAAAGGAGCAAAUAGACAAAACAACCACAGGGACAUAUGCUAAAAACAGACAUCAAAUGACAGCAGAACAUAAAACAGCCAUCAGUGACUCGUAAAAAGUGAACAUAAAGAUGUUCGUUCGUAGGAGGAAGUUAGAAUUAAAGUGUAACACACAAUUGAUAACUAUAUUUAACCCUCCUAUUAUCCUUGGGGUCACAUUCUAUGUUUAACAUCUCACAAUUCACAAAGUACACAUUGUUUUGUGCUUAAUCUUUGGUGACUUUUCCUAAUUAAGUGAGGGGAACUGGGUAAACUUAGAUUUAACAUCAUAAUAUUUUUCUGAUUUCCUGAUUUGAUGUUGUAUACAUGCAUCAGUUUGACCCCAAACCGAUUUAGCUCUAUAAAACUUUUAAGAACAUGUUCCAUUGUUGUAUAAUCAUUUUCACAUUUGCUUUAUUUUUUUUAUAGAUCACAUUAAGGUCAUCAUAACACACACUUUGAUAUACUUUAGAGGGAUUUCCUAUGUUUAGGGCCCUAACCUAACACUGAUAAUUCUGAUGUCACAAACAACUGUCAAACAAAACUAUGGCAUGACCAAAAUAUACUUUGACCGCAGAGGAGCAAAGGUGUUGGCAUGUGAAGGUGUUUUGAGGGUUAAAUGAAUCUGGAAUUAAAUGACACGUUUUGCUACAACGAUACAAACCAGGAGUUUACUUUCGUCUGUGGAAAGUUGAGGAACUUUGAGUCUCCAUUCACUUACACGGCCCCUCAGCUCUCCCUUUCCACUCACUACUGUACACCACAAAUGUAUUGUGGCCAAUAGAAAUGCCACAGGAGCUGCAGAGGAAGGAUGGGUUAGCGUGAAAUACCACUGGAAGGAAAAGAAAAGCUGAAAAUGUGGAAAAUGGGACACUGCGACUAAGGCCCCCCGAGCUUGGAACAUUUUCCAACAGUCCAAUCCAACUUGUGGCAUGUGGAAUAAUGUCAGGGAAAUAUGGAAUAACAUCCCAUCCAGUUCAGUGACUGUAACUGUUACAGUAUAUCUGUCCUUAAUGACAGGGUUCACGAGGGUCCUGGAAAGUAUUGAAAUUACAUUGUUGAGCUUCCAAGGUUUGGAAACUCUACCUGUUCUGCAGUAAACCCCUGGGCAUUCAUACUAUAUAAAUAUUAUGGUUAUUAUGGUUCAUAAUCUCACUGUGUGUAUAUAUUUUUUUUCCGACUAGUGCUAAAAAACAAAAAAGUAAAAAAAUACACAUGUUCUGAAGUUCCAUCAGUAGUAAUGUUAGUUUUUUUAUGUUUUGCUGCAUACGAUUCCGAAUGGUUAUGAUGUCACAAUAACCUUUUACAUUUAUAAAUGAUUUGCUUUUUACGCACAUUUUUUAAAAAAAUUGGCCAAGUUGCAAAACAAAAUUAUGUAUGUGUUUUUAAAUUAAUUGAACAGUAGAAGUCCAGCAGGCUAAUUCUAAUGUGUAGAGUCUAUACCAAAAAUUCAGAUUCAUAUAUGAAUCAAUUUCCGUUUAAAUCCAAUGAAAUUUCAAGAAGUUCCAAAAGAAUAUUCAUGCAGUCAAUAUAAUGUUGUAGCAACGAACAAAUAAAAACAAAAAUGCUUCAUCUACCUAACCUGAACAUCACUACUAUUAGUCAUCGACUAGCCCCCACUGACUCCGUCUGUAAUUAUGAAUGAGCGAAGGCUCUAUGUGUCACAUGACACUGACUUCCUGUUUAUAAAAAUAAAACUUCAUUUUGACCCACUGUCCUUCACUGAGCAGAUCUUUGACAGGACGUACGGCUUUGUUCCCCUCUACCCAGGAACAGACUGUAAACACAGCCUCUGCCCACUGUGCUGUAUGUAGAAUGGGAUCGUGUGUGUGUGUGCGUGUGUUUACCCUCCUUGGCCCUGGUGUGAGUGGGCUGUUUGUUUGCUUUGGCUCCUCAUAUGGACAGUGUGAAUUUACAGUUUGUUUUCUUUAUUCUUAUAGGCUCAUGCUUCUACCCACCAUAGAUUCCUCUUGUUUGCUCUGUUGUGAUGUGGAUGUGUGUUAUUGGAACAUGUUUGCACUGGCACCCACACAAGGCCCCCCGGACCAGCGGAAGCUCCCAGGCCAGAGGAAGUCCUGGCCUCCUUUGUUAACAAAGUCCCCCUAGAUUAAACGUAUCGCACCCUAAAUGCAGGUCCUUUCUCCUGGGGAUUAUGUGAGGGACGGGGGGGGCACCCACUCCUACUGAGGCUCUGUCACCCAAAUUCAACACACCAGGUCCAGACCGCUCCCUAAAGCCCUCACUAGGAUACAGGAACAUAAGGGCGAGCUUUGUGCCUCUGGAGACAAUGCUAAAGUGAUUAGCUGGAGUUGUUAAGGGACCAUAGAAAAUGCAUUUUGACAUGGGGCUUCAAGUUGGUCCAACUCACUGUUAGACAUGGUGAAAUUAUGCACCAGCAUCAGGUUGUUGUUGUGUAUGUACAUGUGUUAUGUUGAGCCAUUCUGAACUGGACUGCGGCAGAAUAGUAAGAGAGGAAGCUGAUUAUGAUUCCUGUGUCUUUUGAUGAGGCCCUUAUUGUUGUCAUGCUGUAAACAGACCAAACAAGAAGCUAACGCUAACCCUAACCAAUCAAUCCACAUAUUUAUCUUAGCGCUGUCAGAAUUAAUCUGAUUAAUAUUUGUAAUGCACUUUAAUGCAAAAGCAGUAUUGUGUGUACUGUACAUCCAUUAAUUCCACCAUCCAUUCACCUUCCAUUGCUCUAAUACACAGUCAAUUCACAUGCUGUUAUUUACACAUACUGCUGGAAAGAGUUUUUGUUUCAUAAAGCAUCUUAGGCUCAAAAUAACCUCUCUUUGGACCUGGAGUUGAAACCUAAACAUGUAUUUUAAGUAAAAUCUCUCUCUGACAGGGUUAGGGUUAGUGUAAACGACAUCAUGUGUAUGGAGUGAAUUAAAUGGAAUGUAUUGAUAUAUAGUGCAUAUACUUUUCCCCAAAUUUAAACAUUAAUAUUUAAAAUUAAAUUAACAUUUUUGAUUCUGACUAAUUUCACUAAUGAAUAAACACUAUCACCAGGCUCAUUUUGACAGGCAGAAGAAUGAAAAACUCUAUUAGUGAAAAGUUGCUUAUGUUUUGUGCUUGUGCUUGUAUGUUAAGUACAUGUGCAUGGUGUUUGUGGGUUUGGGGGAGGCGGACGGAGGGGAGGGGGCGUUGUUGUUUUGCUACUCGGAGGGAGGCCCACUGUGUUAGACUUUGAAAACCCCUGAUCUAAUUUAAUUAAUGAUUAUUCAUUGUCCCAUAAAAGGCCAAACUAUAUAAAAUCCCAUCACAUGGAGGGGGUUUGGGAGGGGUGUGUGGGGACCCCACAUAUCCUCACUAGCAUUAGAAUACUAAUGUGUCAGUGUGAAUAGAGUGGGUGGUGGGGGCCGACCCACCUUUCUAUAUGAGCUCUUUCUUCUCCACCCAUGUUCUCAGACUACACUGUGGAAACAUCCAGCUUUCCGUCUCCCACUCGUUGUACUUUCUUCCUGAUUUAGGAAAUAAAUUUCCAGAAAGUUCCAAACAGGUAAAGUCAAUACAAAAAAAAAACAAAAAAACAAAAAAACGAAACCAUCUUAUAUUUCUAUCCUGCCAAUUCCUGGCCUCUCCAGUGAUUUCAGAGCUCUAAAUCUCUUGCCUGUGAAUACUGUUGUUGUUGUUGUGGUCCAGGGGAACUGUUGGCGUCAUGGCGACACCCUGCUGUGUCUGGGUGAGGGGGGGGUCUAACCUUUGGAGGAGAAACUGAAAAUAUCUCUGUAAUUAAGAUUAUAAAAAUGCUGCUUUCAUUCCAGUGGAAGGAGAGCAGCCGUGGCAGCAGUGCUGAGUCUGUUCGAGAGUUUUUUCCACACUGUGUCAUUAGUGGCGUGUUUCAUGACGGUGUGUUGCACAAGACACUGUAACGGAGCACUUCCUGUUCGUGCUUCCCACAUUUAGGUAUUUUUAUAAAUUUACUUUGGAAAUUUCACCCAAACAUAUAGAGCAUUUUCUAUAAUUGCCCGGACUGUAAAAGCAUGUGGCGUGCAAGAUUUGAGUCUCCAGCAGAGAAGUGGACCACACAGUCUGCUUCUCAUUUUCCCAAAUUUAACAAGCAAAACAUCUUUUUCCAUGUCAUUUCACUCGGUGAGAUUAUGAUAUACUGAAAAGACAGUUUCCCACCAGAAAUGUUUUUGUGAGUAAAUUUAGAAAAAUACUUUAUUGGGAGUUUUUAAUUGUAAGUGUGGCUAAAAGGGACUUUGUUGCUCCAUAUCAACAUGUGACACUCAUUUAGUGGCUGUAUGUAGUUAUUAUUAUAUUUAUGGAUAAAAUGAAAAAACAUAAGGGCAAAAGUUCUUCUUCCACUAAAUGCUUAUAGAACAACUAAAACUAUGGGUUAGGGUUAGUAUAUACUGUAAAUAAUACCUUAAACUUGGCAUAUGAAAACAUAUUUCACAAGCUAUAUAGAAAAUAACCAGGAAUUGAACAAAACGCUGAGCUAUUCUUAUUUUAAGGUUUGUACAAAAGAUAAAAAACAAAAAGAAAUUUGUACCGAAGAAAAAUGUGGAGAAUCAAUUUCCACCAAAAACAGAAAAUGGAACAAGAAAAUACUGAAAUGAAGUUUGAGAGUCAAGAUUAAUAUGUUUUAAAUCAGGAACUCCAUGGACAAAUACAAAGCAAGAAUUUCAUUUUUUUAACUAACUGUGAAAGGAUAUUUCACAAUACUUAUUAUAAAACUAUAAUAUAAAAACACACAAAACACGACCAUAAAUAAAACCUUUUGAUUGGUCUAAAAAUGCUCUUCAAACUCCUACAGACAACAGCAGCUGUGCUGCUUAGCAAACAAGUUUAAAAUGGGCAGUUGCUUACUGGUACAAUUUAAAUUUAGUGAAAUCAUUUUGUAAUAAAAACUAAUAUGAUCUAAUUAUCCUGAACAAAAGUAGUUUGUUCAGAAAUGCUGUGUUUCACAUUCCUCGCUCUUUAUAAAAGAAGUAAAAAGAAAGUGUGGCAGAAAAAUGCAAUUUUUCUUUUUUUACAGUUUUGUCCCAAGCUGUUUAUAAAUCAUCAGCGGUCUGUUUGCAGAACAGUUUAUUCUGCCCCCGAAGUGUUAUCCAGCUGUACAGCAUUGCCUCCCCUCCUGUUCUCCCCCGUCUCCCUCAGUGAAUCAGAGAAUCCUCCACACAUGAGCAGUCAUUCCCGAUUAGCCACACAUUUAAGAAAUGUCAAAAAUGUUUCACGCGCCUUGUCUCAGCUCUGCUGGUGCAGUCAGAUGUCCGUACAACGCUGAUAAAGGCGGAGUGCCGGGGAGCCGAGGAGGUUCAGAGGGGAGGCAGUGCAUGCCAAGGGGCCACUGUUUGGUUUGGAGGACGAGACCUCCACCAGCUUCUGCUACACUUCAAAUGUACGGCCGAUGUCUGCCUCCUUUCUCUGGGAAAUUUGAUCACACCACUGAAAUCAAUCUAUCAGUUCAGACAAGAAGCCCUCAAAUCCUGCCUUGUAACUCCUGAGUCCUGAUGGAAACCCAUGUGCAAAAAUGCAAGUUGCAAGGUGUUACCAUCAUUAAAACAAAAUUCCCAUCCUACCCUGCAGGAGGUGCUAUAAACACAGUUGUAAUGCACAUUACUGUUUCAAUCGCCUUAAACCUGUUUAUUGGCAUUCUGAUACAGAAGCUACUUUAUGUUUCCUGCUUUGGAAUUAGCCGUCAUGCUAAUUCUUCUCAGCCUUGCCUCGCCUUUUUCAAGCUUUGACAGCAGCUCUAUAUUGUUUUAUUGACAUUAUUGCCACCUACUGGUCCUAUUAACAUUAAUACAAACACCCAGAAAGAAAGUAGAAAACACAAACAUGGCGGAGCAUCACUGCUAAUGAAUGUAGCACCAACGCUGAAAAGACUGAGAGGUUUAUUUCUGUUCGAUUUUUUUUUUUAGGAGACUUUGUUUACUUCACCUUGAAGACAUGUUUGUUGUAUUUUUAUUACUUCAGUUCACAGUUAAACAGGGUGGAGUGAGGAUGGCUGAGGAAAAGGUGAGCAUGUGGAGCAAAGUCUACUUCUGCAAAGAAUCUGGCAGAGGAAUUUAGUUUGGAAAAACACUGCAGACCAUUUUUUUCACAAAUUACAUUUGCUGUUUUACGACUAUCUUUAUGAUGUUGUUUAGUUUAAGUGGCUCUGUGCUCAUAGGAACCACAGUUAUGAUACAAUUGCACUGCAAAAGCACUGCGUUGAGUUUAUUUUAUUCAUAUUUUAUUUUCUAUCAAAUACGUGAGUGAAAUAAUGGUGUUAAUGAAGUCGGCCCUUGAAACGAGUUGGAAAAUAAUGAAACGUGAGCGAGUGUGAGUUCAGGUAACAGCCAGGGCAACGAUAUAAACCACAAUUGUAUUAAAUAUUUUGGAUGAUGUGGUUGGACUCGAACAGUGUUUGCAGAGAGACAGAAUUCACGUCUGGGUUUUGACUUUGCGGUCGCUACAUGGCGCCCAUAAAUCGGACCAAAUAAGGACCCCGCCAGAGAUUGUGCUCACUCCAAAAACUGGAGCCUCCAAGCCUGUACCAAGAUGGAGGGGGAGAUUCACUGAUCCCAGAAAUCCCCUGUGGCAUGCAGCUUGGUCCGUUCUCAUCCAGCCACUGUGGACGCUGGAUAAGGGCCCAUCAGUGGCUCACAGAGCUGAUCAGUCUCGCAGAACACAAACUGUUCCGUGGGUGUUGGACGUGCAUGAGUGUGCAGGCUUAAAAUCUUCUCUGCAGUUUUAUUGCUGACUUGCAGAUGCGUGAUUGGAAAUUCUCUGACUAUUCCUUCAUACCGGAACGCCGCCAACUUCAAAUAUGGCCUCGGUAAAUAGAAAGAUUUCACUAUUCUCACUAAGCGUCCGUAAGUCCAGGUCACUGCAAAAACAUAGACACCGUAAAGCAGCAUGUCUCUCAGCAAUGAUUCAACAGACGCUUGCUAAGGUCAGCGAAUGAGGCCACGGUGAAGAAAGUUGCUGGCAGACAGGAUUUCUCAGAAAAUAUCCCCUCUACUGGUUAGCAAACCACACAGCCCUGCUUUGGCCAGAACACUGCUGAAUGUGCAAGAAAAAAAUAGGGGGCAGCAGAGGAAAAAAAAGAAGAAGACGAAGCUGCCACACAAAUUAAAUACAGAUUGUGCAUAUAUGAUUUUAAUGUCGCAGAAGAAAAAAGGAAAAGAUGAAAAAUGGAGAGAAAUAAACAUCAUCGGCCUGGCUGGGCCUCUUGUUUCAUUUGGCGAAUUGAGCCUCAGCACCAUUACAGUCAUUACCCAGGAAUCCAGAGUCAGGGAAAAGAAAACCAGACCUUUCCUUCCUCCUUUUCCUCCACUAUUCCUCUCCUUCACUCACUUUCUGUAACCUUAAACAUCAUAUACUUUUUUCCUUCCACUCUUGCUCUCACAUGGUUUCACUUUUUUGUUGUCUUAUUCCUUUUUUCCUUUGUAGUCUCUUACCACCGUCAUCUCUUCUCCUGAGGCUCAUGUCAACACAGUUUUCACUGAAACACCCUUGAAGGAUGCGGUGUGUUGCUUAAAAAAAAAGAGAAACGUUUUAGCCGUUUUUGGGCUCAGAAUAAAUCCGAUGUUGGUAUGAACUUCAAAUCCUUAAGUGCACUACUUUAAAAAAGCAGCAGAAGACUUUGGGUGAGUGUUUAUAAGGUACUCUGGCAGGCAGUCCUGUAAUAUGAAGAAUAAUAUAACAAAAACCUGAUCUCCACUGCUGCAGGAAAGGAAGUGUUUUGGGUUCUGGUCACGUUAUUAGUGUUAUUCUUCAUCAAAUGGGUUUGUUUCUGGUGGGAAUGUGGAACUUCAGAGUGAGCCCACGUUGGUCUGUGGCCUUGGGGUUUUACUGUUCAGUAAACAGAGCACGGAGGAAGAUGGUCUCCACCGCACAUGUAGAGAAACCAACUUCAGUUCAUGAAUCAAAAACGUGUGUUCAGGAAAGCUGUCCAAACCUGAUGCCAGCUUUACCACCGACUGCUGCAGCUACGAGUUUGGAGGACGGAUGAUGUCGGGGUGUGGGUAUGGUGCAAAGUUGAAAAGUGAUUUAAGGCUGAAAAUUCUCUUUUUUGGCCCUAGGACUGGAAAAUAAGAAAAGAAAACCCAGUUGGAUUAAAGAUUCAAUGCAGAAAUAGUCGCGCAUUACCUGAAUUAUUUCUGUUUCAAACUCUGGAAACAGGUUGUUGCAGAGGAAGUUACCGUCACUAACUAAACAUCACAAACACUCUAAAAUGGAAUCCUGCCUCUCCAGAGGCCAUCAAUUUCAAUAAAUUCAAAUUCAAACUCACUCUUGCUCACAGGGAGAGACACGUUUAUUAUCCUUUCAGGAUAACAGCCAAUGUGACUCUUCCAAGAUACAUUUUCUUUCCGUCUUUCUUUCCACUGUCGAGCGUGUGCGUUUGUGUGUGAGAGUGAGAGAAAGAGAGAAGCUGCACAUUCAAAUUAUCUCAUCUCCUUACAAAGAGCCUCCACUUUCCCUCCU